AUGGCACGGAAAUGCGCUGCGAAUGGCGGACGAGAACUCUUUCAUCUUACCGGCUACUUACUGAAAUUUGCCAUUGCGCAACGCUUGCAUCCGCUUGUACAUACAUACAUAAUCGCCGGCGACCACGCAACAACUACGACAUCGCCGAGUCCCAUACGGAAUUCACGAUCCUCAAGAGCCUCAGCAGCAAUUGAUGUUCCACUCGGUCUCGCGCGUUCGGCAGUGUAA